CUUCAGUGCGAUCCGCAAUUCAAACAGGAAAAAAACGAAUUCUGUCAGGCCCGGUGUUUUCUUCUUGGUUGUUUCGCGAGAAAAUGGAAUUAACAGCGGAUUUCAUGACGAUCCAAGGGAUUUUCAAGACCAUCGCCAACUCUACCGGUGAUCUGACCAGAUUCAGGCACAGAGGAGGUAAUGAAGAGGUAAUUGAUUUGAUCUGCAAGGAUGUCAAGCAGUUCCUCUUUGCAAAGCAGUAUUUGAAAGGGGAGAACAACCCGAACAUGGAGUCUCUGCAGCAGCUGCGCAACAUUGCCAUGUUUUUAAUUUUGAACACUGAUUUUAAUACAACAGUCGCUAUAAAGGAACACGAGCAUCUGAUGAAUGUGAUGCCAAAGAUUUCCAAAUGCAUUUUAAUCAAUCUCAUUGUUGAGCUAGAGCUUGUUGAGUGCUAUGUUGUUAUUAUAGACUCGUUCCCAUUGCCCACAAGCAUCGAACUAUUUGAUGAAGCCAUCUUCUGUUUGAGGAAGACUCACUCUGCCAAAGUGCUUAAGCAUACUUUUAUUAUAAUAAGAGAAAUAAUUAGGAAAAUAAACUCAGUUGACGUGCAUCAGGUGCGAGAUAGCGUAGAGAAGUUUGGAGAUGUCGUUACGCAAUUGCUGAUGCAAAUAUCCGGAUUCGAUCCAGAAGCUGUGCAAGGUUGGAAACGUGAACAACUGUACAAGCACAUCGGUUAUACUAUAUUAAAGUUGCUGAAGUUGUUGCAGUACUGUGAUAUUGGAAACGUGGGUUUAACGAGAAUCGUAGGGUCUUUAAUUGAAGCGGCUUCUUCUGUAGCGAGAGCCAUCACUUUGAACAUCUACUGCUCGUGGGCGGAGGAGGAACACGAGGGAAACGCACUGCAGAUUUACAUAAACUCUGAAGCAUGUUUGGUGGUGGAGAAGUAUAUGAAGUAUGAACCAGCCAAGGAGUUGAUUCAAUACUUGGGGCCCAUCGCGAAGAAGCCGAAGAGUGUGAAAGAGCUGCUUCGCACCGCAACUGAUGAUGAUAUCAUCAAGAUGAUCAACAGGGUCGACAAAGAUCAGAAACUGUGCUUCACCACACUUCUGAAUACGAGGAUAUUUCAUAGCAAAAACGUUAUGGAAUGCAUCGAGAAGUGGUCUCAUCUUUCAGAUAUAGACGAUGUCAGUCGCAUGAUAACAUGCGCCAAAUACUACGAUAAUCCCGAUGCUAAAAAACUGAUCUUGAAGUGCGCUUCGCAUCUCUCCGUUGAGGAUUUAACGAUGACCUUAAUUCGAUACUUCAAUCUCUACGGAUUCGUCAAGAAUUUGCUCGUAAACAAUUGCAAGAGCGAGUUGACGCUCUUACUGAACCGUAUCAAUCAAACGAAAGAACGUAAUUUAUCAUUGGACGAAUUGGAAUCUGGAUCGAUUAAAGAGAUACAGCUCUUGUUGUUGCAGAAUCCGGAAGAGGUCAUAUUCAUUUUAUACAGUGAAUGCAUUAAGAACAUGGUAUACACGUUUUGGUUGAAGCAUUGCUUCGCGGCUAUAGAGAACGUGCUGAAGAUCGAUCAUAUUGCUGUAAGGAUGUUGCACAAGGCCUACAAAAACGACGGACCAAAACUCGAGAACUUAAAGGGUUUUAUUCACUUGAACGAGAUGCUCCUUGAUACUGGCUGCAUUAGCAACGAGGAGUUAUUUGAGCAGGUUAUUAGGAAUUUAUUGGAAGAGGUAUUCAAUGAGCAGAAGAUCGAAGAAUUCAAGUGUUUGCUGGCCAUACUAUUGGAGCUGAAAUUUGGAGGUAUCAAUAACUUCUUCAAACAAGACUUCAUAUUGUUCCUUUUGAACGCUCUGGAGAAAUUCCGCUGUCAAUACGCAGAAUUCACUUACCUUAACAUGGAGAUCACCGUGGCUAUCACUGAAAUCUUCAAGAAUCUCCGCGGCAAACAAGAUUUGAAUCUGGAAAAAACUUAUAAUCCUUUGAACAAGUUUUACGUGGAUUGCGACAACUCCCUGUAUCUCAGUUACGUGUUUCCCGACUUCACCAUCGACCACUAUGGUGAUGCUGUCUCCAAACUGAUUAAGCUUCUAUCUAGAUGCGUUUCCAACGAGUGGUUAUUAAUCACAACUGAAUUGAAAUCUCGCUUUGAAGCAGGUUUGGCUUUGGAAAUCCUCACAGAUUCCUUGAUACUGAUCUGCCAGGUCACCGACACCCAAACCGAGGCAAACAACCCUACGAUAUUUAACUCGCUGAAGUAUUAUUUGAGUAGCUACGGGAUUUCAGCUAAGUACUUGCAGAGUGCCGAAAACUCGCAGACUUUCGAAAUUCGCUUGAUACGCAAUGUGCUCAGGUUACUUCCCUGUAUACCGCAAGUGAUCAGAUUCAGCGAAGGAGUGACUCUGCUUACUUUGCUAUCGGAGGAGGCACUCAGGAGUUUAGCUCACGACAGGGAGUUCGUGUGUUCCUUGCUCGAAAUCAAGGAUAUGCAAUUGACUCAGCAGAUCGCCAAGAAGAUGAUUGUUAAGUGAAUAAUGAAACAGAGUA